AUGACUGACAUAAACAGCGGUUCCAAUGACCACAAGAGUGUCCACUCGUUUGGCAAUCGUUUGGCGAAACCCCUGUAUUUGCAACGCUUGGAGAACGCGCUCCGAUUGGAUGGACUCAUAGCACAAGUCGAGCGGACGCUCAAUGAUAAGAGUCUGGACGAAGAGCUGACGACAAACGUGUCGAAACAGCAGUCGAAGGCCGUGAAGACCCGGGUCUACAACUUAAGCAAAGUUAAGAAAAACAAGAAGUGGUUGAAAAACAUUUUGUUAGACAAAAGCGAUUCCUCCGGAACUGAUGACGACCUCUCGGGCGAUGAGCACAAGUCGGACGACUGCCUGCGAGAGAUGCUUCGCUUCCAUCGGCUCCAGAAGAAGGCGCGCAAAGAGUUCGAAGCGGAUCCACAGCUCAGGCAAUACCAGAACUACAGCACGAGUUUGAUAUCGACUCCCAGUCCACAGCACCAGUCGAUUAUCGCCGCCAAUAAAACGGCAAACAAGAAGCCGACGAAAGCUGCCAUUAAAGCCAAGAAAGCGAAACCGAUUCAGACGUCGACCGCAGCGGACGAGCCGGCGAUGGACAGCGGGCUGAGCGAAGUGAUCGCCGCCGUCAGCACCGGCAUCGACACCAUCGCCGCAACCUCUGCCACGCCGCCCACCGCGGAGGCCGUCCUGUUAACGGCCAUCGAGAAGCCUGUGAUUAAAGCGGAGAAAAUACUGGACGACAUCCCAUACGACACACAACUGCCCAAAGAGAUCCUGCAGACUGAGGAGAGUCCCGGUAUAUCGCCAUACGUGGAGCCGUCCGGCGCCUCCACUUAUGGCAAGUCAGCCGACGUGACGCCUGUACUGCCGGACGACAUCUUCGACACCGAGGAGUCGUGCGGUUCGGGUUCAGUG